GCCCUGGCCCUUGGCACUGGGAUGCCCUGGUCAGAGAUGAGCUCCUUCCUUAAUCCUCCGUUGUUCUUCCCAUCAGAUCUGGAGCUGAGACACCUGCAGGGCUCAGGUCACAGGCUGCUCUCACUGCAGCUGGGGUCAGAGGGUUUGAAUGUGUUUGGUCCACUUGGAGAUUUGGACUUGAAAGACUUGGUGGUGGUGGUGGUGGUUGUGGGACAGCUAGCAGUGGCUGGGGGGAGUGCCAGGAGCUUGUCAGCUGCCAGGUCCAGCGGGGUUUGGAUUUCGGGUUCUAGGUUCAGAUCAUAUCUUAGCACCCACUUUCCCUUGGGGCUGGCAGUCAGUGUGACAGGGCUUUUCGUCCUCUCUUUCUUCUGCCAGCAAGGUGAAACCCUCACUAAAUCGGGAUGAAAACAGAAACAUCCUGGAUGACUGCUUAAAAUGCCUGCUGCCUCUUCCAGCUGUUCAGCAGCUGAGGGAAAAGAGUGAGACCUCUCAGGACUCUGUCCAAGUACAGGCACUGCACGAGUUGUCCAUGCAGGCCUUGGGCGAGCUCAUGAGGGGCCUCCUUGAAGAAGACCCCGCUGAGAAUUGGUUCAUGGAAAUGGUCCAUCUGCUUGAGCCAUGGAUCUUCUCUGACAAGGAGCGGGAGAGAGAGAGGGCCUUGCAGGCCAGCUCCCAGCUCCUUGUUGCCUAUCAGGAGACAGUCUAUUGCAGACUACAAGAGCCUUUGGAGCAGUUUGGGUCCCUGCUGGGGCUGCUGGCCCCAUACACUUGCAGCUAGCUGUCUUGCUGCAUCCCGCCUGUGGGCCGCCGACUGCAUUUUCUGCCUUCUGCAGCUACAAAGCCAGUCCAGGACAAUGGAUGCAGCAGAGGGGGAGCUGAGAGGUCUCCGGGAGGAGCUCAAAGCUGCCAGCCCUGAGGCUAUGCUGACAUCAUCCUGCCAAAUGGCGAAGGUCACUGGCAAAUUCUUGCCCUCCACCCAGGCCCUUGAUUUGGUGGGGACAAUAAUGGAUGGCAUGCUUUCUGCCAGCCCCACGUGUGCCACAGCAGCAGGCCACUGGUUCUGUGCAGUCCUGAGGGAGAAUGGAGAUGCCCUUCUGAAUGAGGUGCCAGACAUCCUGUCCACUAUCUUUAUACGGAUGCCAACAAUGCAGGAGAGGUCCAUGCGAGGCUUCCUGUUAGAAGGCGUUGGCAUUCUUGCCAUGUUUCACCUAGAGGCAGUGAUCACCAGCCUCCUUGCCAAGCCUCUGCCAAUGGACAGUUGCAGUGACACCUCUGAGCUCUGGAGGGCCUUGGGGAGGGAUGAUGUCUCCACCCUCCAUAUACUCGGUUUGCUUCUGGAGAAGAUCCAAUAUCCAGCUGGCACAGAGGGUAGCCCAUCUGAGGGCACUGCAGCCCUGGGACCUCUCGCAGCAACAUGUGCAUCUCUGGAGAUGCUGACUACCAUGCACUCCAGCUCAGUCCUGAGGGAGCUACUCCCCGAGCUCCUGUGUGCUCUCCUAGAGCAAGUUGGCCACACCGUGGGGCAGGACAUGCCGAUGCCCACAGCAAGCAUCCGGCGGAGGCAGCUGCAAAAGGGGCAGGUGUGCACAGUGGGCAACCCUUGCAGGCUUUCUAUGGAGACCCUGGCCUGCACUAUAUCAAAGGGCCUGGGGGAGAGAGUGGCUGCAGACCUUUCCAAAGCAGGAACCUGGCCACUACUUGAGAGCCCUCAGACACACCACGAGGGGGUGUGCCAGCUGGCCAGGACUCUUCUCCCACUGGGAAUAAUAACGCCCCAAUUUAUAGGGCAGGUCUUGAAGUGGGCCAGUUCCCCAACGGAAAAUCUCCGUGUGACUGGUACGGCCUUCAUCAGCCAGCUUAUGUGUGACCCAGUCCUUGAAGAUGAAAAGCUCCUGAAGGCAGUCCUUUCUUUACUUCAGCAGCGAGCCAGGGACACAAAUAACCUUGUCCAACAAAUGGCAGCCAGAGGACUAGGCAACACCGUGUACGGUGCCCCUGAGCAGCUAAAAACCCACCAGAAGGCCGUCGUGGAGACCCUGUUCCAGGCAUCAUUUGUUCCUGCCAGGCCUGAGAUCAGGGAGGAGGGCAUGCGGGCACUCACCCACAUCUUUAAACAUCUGGGGACGGAUGCGGGGCCCCUGGUUGAGGAUGCAGCUAUGCACAUCAGGCCCUUUUUUAACCAUGACAACGACGGUCUUCGCGCCGUGGCUUUCUCCCUCUUCGGCGCCCUGGCAGGCUGCAUGAAAAGAAGGCAAGCCUUUUAUAAAAUCCAGGUGAGGCAGAGCCUGGGAACACUCCUGCUUCACCUGGAGGACCCCAACCCGCAGGUGGCCAAGGAGUGCAGAACAACGCUGGGCCUGUGCUGCCCUUACCUGGGCUUAAGGAGGGUCCAGGCAGCCCUGGCCUUCCAUACCCAGGGGUCAGAGCAGGGGAAGCAGGAACAGCUGCUGAGGGAUGUCUGCAGGCAUUUGGCCAGAGAAAAACCUGCUCUUUUGGAGGGUCUCUGCCAGGCAGCCCAGGGACACUAUUCAAGCUCGUGGCCAGAAAUUCAGAUGGCAGCCAUCCAAUUUACAGGUAUCCUUCUGGAGUAUGCUGCCCCCAGGAGUGCCGGACAGAUAAAGGUUGCACGCCUGCUGAGCUCUCUGCAAACUCUGGGACAGGACACCUCCCAGGAGGUCCAAGAUGUGGCCACUCAGGUUGCAGAGGCUAUUUCUAAAAGCCCUUGGGGCAGCAUAUUGCAAGAAGAGGAAAACCAUGGGCAUACCCUUCCCUAUAUCACUUCAUUGCUCUGUUUUGGGUGCCUGAGGCCCCGUUCCAUUUAAAAGCAAGCUCCUGAAUUUGUGUAUGUUCAAAAAUAAAUUAUGUUCUGCGUUC